CUGGAGCUAGAGCAUUGCCCCGCACCAGCGACACCGGAGCUAGAGCUUUGCCCCGCACCAGCGACACCGGAGCUAGAGCUUUGCCCCGCACCAGCCGCCUCCAAAGAUGCCUCGACAGAGUGAAGCUUUGGCCUCUUCAAUAAUUCAUCUGCUGAACGUUAAAAUGGCGAAGCUCCAGGAUGUCUGGGAUGUUAUUGGCAUUCAAGAAGAGAAGCGGCUUGAGAGGAUGGGAUCUGUAAAGAAUCACAUAGAGAUGCUUCUAAAUGAAAUGAUUCAUGAAGAGGAACUCCUGAAUGAUCAGUUAAAUGAGGCCAUUCAUAAUUGGCAAGAAAAGCUGCAGGAUUUAUGCUCUGAACUUCUUUUAGAUCUUUAUAAGGCUGACAAAAAUUCUACUCCACUUCAGUUAGAAAAAGAACUUCGAGAUGAAGUGACCACUUUGCUUAAGGAGAGAAAUUUUCGAAUGGAGCAGUGUGAAAUUCUUCUAAAAGAAGAUCAAGCUUUGUGUACUGACCUCUGCAAGACACCUUAUUAUAUUCCUACUGGCAAAGUUCCCUCCCUCCAACAAAUAGAGGAACUUAAAAAUCACAUCAUGAGUGCAGCUAAAGAAAAGGAACACCGUUUGGCUACCUUCCUAGGACUUCGACAUGAGAUCACAAAUCUUAUGGCAAAUAUUGAUCACGUUCCUGAUACAACAUUUGAAAAGGAUGCAGUUCUAGAACAGGAGGAUCUUUUUUUCCUUUCUGACGAAAACAUUAAAUCACUAGAGGUACUUCGUCUACAGUUGGUAAAGAGAAAAGAAGAACUGUUGACCAUGCAGGAGUCUCUGAAAGAACAGAUUCAUUCAUUAUGGAUCACAUUGCAGAUUCCUACAGAACAGCAAAAUAUGGAAACAACAGGCCCCAUAUGCGAAGUCAAUGCAGUGUUGCAGCAGAACCUUGAACAACUUCAACAAAUGAAGAUUAAGAAUAUCAAAGAAGUCAUCACUGGCAUUCGAGAGAAGCUGCACACCUACUGGGAUAAGUGCCUCUACAGCCAGAAACAAAGAGAAGAAUCUGAUUUCCUUCGGAGUGAGAACUUCACAGAAGAGUUGCUGCGAGUGCAUGAUGAAGAGUUGUUAAAGAUUACCCUUUAUUACGAAAAGUACCAAGAAUUGUUUGAUAACUUUGAAAAAUGGGAACGUUGGUGGAAGUUGUUCCUAGAGUUUGAGAAGAAGGCUUCCGAUCCCAACAGAUAUGCUAAUAGAGGGGGAACUCUACUGAAAGAGGAGAAGGAACGUACUCAGCUCCAGAAGAAACUACCCAAGCUGGAAGAAGAAUUGAAAUUAAACAUUUUAAAAUGGGAAACUGAGCAAGGCAGUCACUUCAUGAUUAACGGUCAAAAACCUAUGAUUUACAUUGCCACACAGUGGGAACAGCAUAGAUUCAAGAAGGAACAGGAAAAGCAGGAAAGGUGUAUAAAGAAGGAUGAUGCACCCAUCUGUAGAACACCUUUAAAAAGACCCUUGUGCCCAUCAAAUACACCACUGAGCAAAAUCAGAAAGUUAAAUGGAACUUCGACUAUUAUAAGUAGUGGAAGCGCUUGUAAUAGAGUGAUAAAAACACCACGAAAGACUCCAAAUGCAGGCAAGUUGCCGGACCCAUUCCAAAGACCAUCUCUACAAGACAAAAAAACAAUAGAUACUUCAAUUCCCAACGUGGCACGGCAGCCUGGUACAUUUAAUGCUUUGGUUACCAGCUAUUCAGAAUUUUCGCGCGACUUAUCCAGAAAAUCUAAUUGCGUCAAAGGACAGCUCAAUUCUACAACACUUGAAAAUCCUUGAUUUCAGAUCCUAUUAUUCAGUGACAAGAGUUGUUCCAGGUGUUUUGGAAGAUCGCUUGAUUUUUUUUGGAAACACCUUAUUCGUGUUUGAAGUGUAUUGUCAUGGGAAAAGAUCUGUUUUUUUUUGUUUUUUUUUUUUUUCCGGUUAUGAAUGGAAGUGCCUUUACAUGUUACAGCAUACCAUUUUUGCCUAUUUUUGGGCACCUUGUGUAUAUAUGGGACUAUUUAGUGUCUUUGCUCAAUCCUUCUCCAUUUUGCAUUUCUCUUAUUUCACCUAUUUAUAAAUUAAACUUUUCUAUUCUUUCAAAGGGCAAUUCAUAGUUGCCAAUUCCAAUGCUUUUUGUAAAAAUUUAAGGCAAACAUUUCUAAUGAAUCUAAACAUAAGGUUUUAAAAUAAAAUAAAGACUUGGGGGUUUUUUUUAUCGGGAAGGGAACUGUAUUAGUUUUAAGAUAUUAAUAUUGGACAAAUAUGCUGAAAGCGGAGUAAUUGUUUUCAUUACUUAAAUCAAACUGCUUAAAUUUAUUAUGCGAUUUGAUAUUUAAAAAAUAACGUUGCCUUUUGUACCUGCAUUGAUUAAAAGUGAAAUCUGUUUAUACAAUAA